AUGAUGGAAGAAAUCUCCAUAAUGGUGGCUUAUGAUGCCCAUGUUUUUAGCCAGCUGUACGAUGAAGACUUUCUGGCCAACCUGGUGGCAGUCAGCAAACCCAGAUCUGUGGUGCCAACAAAAAAGCUGAAGAAAUAUGAGAGAGAGUACCAAACAAUGCGAGAGAGUCAGCUGCAGCAGGAAGAUCCUAUGGACAGAUACAAGAGGGAAAACCGCAGGCUCCAAGAAGCAAGCAUGCGGCUGGAGCAGGAGAACGAUGACCUUGCCCAUGAGCUUGUAACAAGCAAAAUUGCCUUACGGAAUGACCUGGACCAGGCUGAAGACAAAGCAGAUGUUUUGAACAAGGAACUUCUCCUGACCAAACAGAAGCUAGUGGAGACUGAGGAAGAGAAACGGAAGCAGGAAGAGGAAACUGCUCAGCUGAAGGAAGUCUUCAGGAAGCAGCUCGAGAAGGCAGAAUCCGAGAUCAAAAAAACCACAGCCAUUAUUGCAGAGUAUAAACAGAUUUGUUCCCAGCUGAGUACCAGGCUGGAAAAACAACAAGCCGCCAGUAAAGAUGAGCUGGAAGUUGUGAAGGGGAAGGUGAUGGCCUGCAAACACUGCAGUGAGAUUUUCAGUAAGGAGGGGGCACUGAAGCUGCCUGCUGUAAGCAUGGAGAAUAAAGGCAUAGAAACAGAUGAUGAGAAGGAUGCACUGAAGAAGCAGCUGAGAGAGAUGGAGCUGGAACUUGCACAGACCAAACUGCAGCUUGUGGAAGCCAAGUGCAAAAUUCAGGAGCUGGAGCACCAGAGAGGAGCCCUUAUGAAUGAAAUCCAAGCUGCCAAAAACUCUUGGUUUAGCAAAACCCUGAACUCUAUCAAAACAGCCACAGGCACACAGCCAGCGCAGCAGCCCCAGCCGCCCCUGCCGCCCAAAGAGGGCAGUACAUAGUUCCAGCCAGAGCCGGUACAAGAGCACAAAGAGCAACACAGCUGAAACCCUGGAGGAUUCUUCCAGUGGUCUCUCCUCUUGGGGAAAGGACAAAAGGCAGGAGUGCAGGCUUGAAGUGAAAUUCUUCGGUGUUUUUCAUUCAUUCUGAUGUGACCCUUUUCAAAGGGGAAAAAAAAAAUAAUUCCUGUUUUAUGUUGAAUUCUUACUUCCCAAACUGCCUUGCUGAAAGCCACGUUCUGAUACCUUCAUACUUUUACACUUUAUUUUAUAUGACUAGAUGUUAAAUAAAUACUUCAG